AAAUCCUACAAUUGAAAAAUACAUAUUGAGAAAACUGCAACAUGUUACGUAAUCACUCAAGCUUUUGUUACCACCAAGCUUUUUGGCUGUGUUAAGAGCAGUUGACGAUUAUGUCACUUCUGCCUAUUUCCAUAUUGUGUGAGAUAAUUCCCUCUUGAAAUUCAAGUGCAUUUCAAAAUUAUGGUGUUCUUUGAUCUCCAGCACAAAAUUCAUCUCGUUAGAUCAACUAGCAACCCGGAUUUCACCCAUCAUAAACUCAUUUUAUGUCUUUUUCGUCAUUAUGAUCUCAGGUAUUGUUCUUUACUUUAUAAAACAAGUACGAAUUCUAUCUCUUUGGAUUUUCCAAUGAGGGAACCCAGUUAUUGGAUUUGUAUUUGCUUUGGAGAUAGAAAUUUAUAUUUGUGGAACCCGUCGAUUAGGAAAUCCAAAAGAUUGCCUCGCUUUAGUAACUAUGUGAAGUACAGUUGUAAUUUAAUAUAUGGGUUUGGGUAUGAAGACUCAGGUGAUUUUACAAGUGGUAUCCAUUUUCAACUACGUUAAUCGCAAUGGACCAUAUGCCAUUGAAAUUUACAGUUUGAGGACUAAUUCUUGGAAGAUGAUUGAGGAUUCCCAUAGGGGUUUUCCGAACAAUGAAUUGGAUAAGUUUGCAAAUUGUAAACUCCAUUGGUCGGCAGUAUGUGGCUAUGAAUGGUAUUUGUUUCUCUUGAUUUAUUGGAGGAGACGUAAAAUGAGGUUUCACGAUCAGAUUAUUUAGGUGAUUAUGUUCCAUCUUUAUUGUUGGAUUUGGGAGGAUAUGGCUUAGUAUGCUUCUCAAUGAUGGGUAAACUUAUAUAAAUGGAUGGGUAAUGAAAGAGGAUGGAAUUGCAAAAUCUUAGAUAAAAAUUAUUAGAAUCCAAUAUUUUAAUCUUGACUGCACGUAUUUAGGUAUUAGGCCAUUAUGUUUGCUUAGGAAUGGCUAGAGUGUAUUGCGUUUGGGAUCAUCUAUAGCAGUUUACGAUCCCAAAAUGAACUAGCUAAGGUCACAAACUGAUGUCAUUGAUGACAUUCUUGAAGGGCGUGUCUACAUGGAAAGCUUGGUUUCGCCAUGUGCUGAUGGUGUUGAAAAUCCUCUAUAAGAGAACGAAGUGUAUGCUGUCACAAACAAGGGUCAUGUGGUGGUUGGUUUCGCAAAAUCAAUUCUGGAAACUCUACCGCCUCUUGCUCCCGAAUGUUUGUGAAUUGGGAGGGCUUAAAGUUUGUCCAAGAUCAGAAGCUACCUGUUGGGAUGAUUGAAUCAGAGUCGCUCAACAUUGUUGCUGCGGUGAAAGAACCAUCAAUUUAUGCCAGAUAUUAGAGCUGAAAUGUGAAUGAAGACUGAUUGUAUUGAUCAUGCAAAAAGUGUGUGAAUUGUACAUACAUCUUCAGUUUAAAUAGAAAUGAAAAUAUGCCUAUUGUCAUAACUAAAAUCUAGUUGGCACAAGAAACUAGCUAAUUGUCAUAACUUCCUAACUAUAUACACAAGUCGUAAUAUGCCCCCUCAAGAUGUGAGGCAAAUGUUCUUUACACACAUCUUGGACAAUAAAGGAGAGAGGACAGAAGCAGGUAAAGGUUUGGUGAAUGCAUCAGCAAGUUGGUGUUUUGAUCGAACGAAAUCGUGAGCUAAACCCAAAACGGGCUUUUUUCUCUCUCUACCUCCAAAACGCUCUCCCUUCUCUCUAGAAUGGGAGAAAACCUCCAAAACUCCAACAAACUUGAUCCACCACCAAAACCACCGGAUUGCAGCACUCUAAGUGGUGGAAAAUCAUCACCAACAACCACCCAAACAUCUCCUAUAACACCAAUAUCAGAUUCAUCCCCCAACUCAAUAGAUCUGAGUUUGAAAAAUCAUGGCAUGAAUCCCAAGGUCGUCGAAACACCCCCCUACGCAUUGAAUCAGGGUCUGGGACCAUCACCAAUGAUUCCAGAAGGGCCGAAAACCCUGGGGGUGGUAGAGAUUUCAUCCGAAUCGCCCGAAAUUGACAGAUCGGAUCCCGAGGGGCCAAAAACUGAUUUUUCAAUUAACCCUUCCACAGAGCUCAAACAGGGACACGCGCCUGACCAUAAGAUUACCCAUGAAAAGGCGAACCUUCGACUAAAAAAUCAUCCAAUUCCGACUCCGGACGCGCCCUCACCGGCGAUCGCAAUUUCCGGCCAGUCGCUCGGAAAAUCGCAGAUUCCGGCCAAUCCUGAACUCGUUUCGGAAAACGGAACAUACCGUGAUGAUCAGCAUGAAAUUCUGCAUCUCCCUGUGAAAAAUCAUAAAUUUCUGACACCAUUGGAAAAUCGCCACCGGUCAACGGCCGGCGCGUGGUGGUCACGCGCCGGUGACACUUAA